AUGGCUCUUUCCACUAACACUCCGGAACCACCAGCGGUCAAAAACCCCUCCACCACUGGCUCAUCUCCACCAUUGCCAACCUCAUUCACACCAAUCUCACCCUCUUCGACACCUCUUUACUCGCAAGUAGCUACUCAGAACGCACUUUCACUUCUCGAAAAGCAACCUCAUGUUAUCUUCAGCUCUACGAAUAACACAACCCCACGUACCUGGCGUGUAGGGUCCUCUAAGUUUUCAGUUUUUUUCACCGUCCCACCCAAAUCCUCACCCAAGUUUGACCCUUUCUGGAGAGCUCUUCUCUCAGCCUAUCCUCGCGAGGUUAACAUGGGCAUCACUCUUGGCUCACGCUCUUCCCCUGAUACAUGUGAACUCCAUCUACCUACCAGUGCUGACUGCGAGCGAGCGUGCUCUCGACCUUUGGUAGUCGGCGAUUCGUCUUUCCCCACUCAACCUGCUGUUCCCAUUGGCACAAUUGUUCGCCGUGUUUUCUUAACCAAGCUUCCUCGUGUUCCUUAUCAUGACCUGGCUACACAACUCGCCAAAUGUAUGUUUCCUUUUGGCAAAGUGCGGGAGAUCGCCAUUCAUGAAUCAUAUGGGUUUUUUGACGGUUCUGGCUAUGUUGUCCUCGCCAAUACACCUACCGACGAUGUGCCAUCAGAUUCUCUGACGUACCAAAUUGCAUACGACGAUACGCAAAAGAUUCUUGGUAAGUGGCCUUCCAUGGGCUCCCACUGCACCUACUGUAAGGAAAUGGGGCACGACGUCGCAAAAUGCACCAAAUGCCCAGCCGAAACCCGAACGUGUUUUGGAUGCAACAAGACCGGUCACUUACAAGCCAAUUGUCCAUACAUUACCGAUCCUUCCAAGACGUCCAAGACGUCCAACAAGCGCUCCCGCCACCCCAACCGCAAUUCGAAGCUCGAUCGCCCCAUCAUUGCGCCCAAGCCUUUGAUUCCCACUGAGCUCUCACUCAUCUACGGAGGAUCGGAGGCCUCCAAGCACAACCCUCGUCAACCUGCUUUGCGUGAGUUGUCUAAGCUGUCUCCCACAAAGACCACCUUUACUCUACCGACACCAACUGAGCCGCCCACGUCCUCCGGCCCUCGUCCUCGAAGCCGUUCUGUCGACACCCCCACGCGUGGCUGGGACAAAGAGAUAGACGACAGAAUGAUAACUAAUCUCAUGGAUAGAGAUGAGGCUCGGGCUCUCCGACUCCAGGGUCUACCCAAAGUCGGACACCCUGAAUCACGCUCCUUUUUCAUACGCCAUUUACGCUCGCAGGGAAUCGAUAUUUUAGCCCUGCAAGAAACCCAUGCCUCAUCAUCUAUGCUUCAAUCUACCUUUGACCAACAAUUUCGGUCCUCUUCAUCAUUAUGGUCUCCAUACUGCGGUGUUGUAUGCCUUUCCCCUCACAUUAUCUUCACUGACCCUCUAUUUAGCCCAUGCGGCAGGUGUAUCAUGACAACUAUCACGCAUGUGGAUAAUAAUUUUUCGCCCUUCAGGAUAGGCGCCAUCUAUGCGCCUGCUUCCCAAACUCCACGUUAUCGUUUUCUUGCCUCUUUACUGUCCACUCCUGACCUCAUCCCUCCCAAUCCUUCAAACUUUAUUCUAUUGAGCGAUUUUAACCAUGCAAUUCACUCACACUAUGCUCUCGGACGUCGUGCUCCAGCUGACUGGCUACAGUUUAUAGAUACCAAUAUGACUGACUGUAUCACUCCUCGUGGCCAGCACCCUCAGCCUACGUUCCACCGAGCCCUGUCUUCCACCACCAUUGACUACAUCCUUGCGUCCUCAGACCUUCACCCUCGCACUACAGACCCACAAGUGAGCUAUAUUCACCAGAAAUGGUCUGAUCAUUGUCUGGUUGCAGUCAGUCUGUCCCUCCCUUCAACCAAGUCUUCUGGUAAGGGACUUUGGCGUGCUAACCCUCACCUAGCACAAUCACUUUCGUUCCGUACCGAUCUCAACACUCUUCUCUCCACCCUCGUUCCUGCCCUUCGCGCUGAUCUUUCUCCUCAAGCCCGAUGGGAUGCGAUUAAGCUCGAAGUCAUUCGUUUCACCUUUUGCAGUAUUCAUGGAUCACGAUCUCUUUCCUUUCGUGGGCGGGCAACCAUCAUGAACUCUCUUGUACUUUCUCAACUAUGGCACGUCCUUCGUGUGGUUUCGUUCCCUUCCGCCUUCCUUGACCGAGUUCGCUCCAUCGUGCGCGGAUUCUUCCGUGUCAACUCUUUUCCUCCCAUUGCUUUUGACACUCUCUGCUUGCCCCGACUACAGGGUGGCCUUGGUAUCUUGGAUCCUGGUAUACAGCAAUGUGCUCUCCAACUUCGCUGGCUGAAGCCCCUUAUCCGUAAUCCUCUACUGCCUCAUGGUCUUGUUCCCCAAUGGUUCUCCACUCUUCUUCGCUCCGACGUCCCUACCGUUGAUCCUCUUCUUCCCUUACUCUUUCCGGACUGUCGUCCUCGCAACCAUCGCACCCUUGAUUCCCCGCUGAACCUGGUUCUGAAGGCUAUGGAUACUCUUCCCCGAAACUUUGACAGAGUGGUGCUCAACCUUUCCAGUUGUCUCAUCCUGCCGUUGUCUUCUAUGAUAUCCAGUAUGCCCUCUCACCCUCCGUAUCGACCUGCUUGGCGUGAUUUGCGAGUCCACCAUCUAUACCAAAUCGAGUCCAAUUUGGAUAUACUCACACCCAUCACUCCCUCUCGUCCUCUACCCCGUUCUGUCACACUUAACCGCAUCCUCAACAGAAUUCGCGAUCAUACAAUGGUCUUGCAUCCCAUUCUCUUUCGAGCAUGCAUUCUUUCUUUUGUACUGGCAUUCCAACAGCCAGAUCUUCCUAUUCGCGACGGGUCGUCCAUUGACCUCCAGCCACUUCUGUCAGCCCAACUUCCCGGUCAGACCUGGUCCCGGCUCACCACGCGCUCCUACCGUUCUGCCUGCUCCCAUCAACUGUCUGAUGCUCGUCCCAUCCACCCUCCUCUCAUCCCACGACAACCUCGCUCCUUCUGGUCUUUCGCCCUCCCUCACCGGGCUCGGAAUGUCUGGUUUCGCGGGUUGCACAAUAAGCUUUCGUGCCGAGCACUUCUGUACCGCAUCAUGCCAUCCACCGUCUCUUCUCCUCUCUGCACUAUUUGCCAGGUGUCCAUCGAGACGCAAGAACAUUUUCUUCUCGCUUGCCCGUUGAAAUCUGCUGUGUGGACAGGCAUUUGGUUGGAAUUCUUCGGCACCGUCCCUCUGCCCUCUGUCCUCUCAAACGCUUUCCAAUCCUUCGUCUUCCCCCCCACGCUUAACCCUGCGAUCCCUGCUUCCUCAGUCUUUGGCCUAACUAUCCUGGCUAUUUGGGAUCACCACUGGUCUUUCCACUUUAACUCUAUCCCUUUCCUUCUCUCUGCGGUGCUCCACACUGCGCGCAAGUCAAUUUCUCAUCUCUGCUCUGAACUAGAGCUGGACUCUCCAUAA